AAAAUAUGGAAAAAGAUAUGACAACCACUGUCUCCAAGCUUGCUACAGAAGCAAAGCCUAAAGGAAUAGCAAUGAAUAGAGUCCCGUUGAAAAGUUGGAACUGAAGGUUUGAUCAUAGAUACGAACAGAUUAAACAAGUUGGCAAAGGAGCUUAUGGAGAUGUGUACAAAGCCAGACUUAAGCCAGAAUAUUGUACUUCUGAGGAAGAAGAAAAAUCUUAUUUUGCUUUAAAAUAAGCUAAUUGCUACCAAAUCAGAUGAAGGAUUCCCGAUCACUUCUCUUCGAGAGAUCCAGUUCCUUAAGAAGCUCAACCAUGAAAACAUCGUGAACCUUCAUGAUGUUGUGGUAUCCAAGCAAGAGGGAGACAACCGCGAUAAGCGGGCUGAUGUCUAUCUCGUCUUUGAGUAUAUGGACUAUGAUAUCAACGGGCUUAUUAGCAAAAAGGUAGAAUUCACUUCAGCCAAUAUUAAGUGACUUAUGCAACAACUUUUGACAGGAGUAAAGUAUCUUCAUGAUAAUGAUGUCAUGCACAGGGAUAUUAAGGGUGCCAACAUCUUGCUGGAUGGGGAGGGGACACUCAAAGUGGCUGAUUUCGGGCUUGCAAAGCAAUAUGAUAAAUUCAGAAAAAUGUACACUAACAAAGUAGUCACAUUGUGGUAUAGAGCCCCAGAACUUUUACUUGGAAGCCACAAUUAUAAUAAAUCACUAGACAUCUGGAGCGUCGGAUGCUUUAUGGCAGAGUUGUUUAUUGGAAAACCCUUGUUCCCAGGAAGCGUUGAAGCAAAGCAGAUUGAUCUUAUUUUUAAAUUAUGAGGUGUCCCUACUCUGGAAAGUUGGCCUAGUUUAGCAUAUCUUCAUGCUUUCUCAGAACUUGAUCUUUCUCCAUCACCAGAUCAAAGAGAGAAGUUCUUUAAAAAGCUUCCUACUUAUUCAAAAACUCUCGAUGAUCAAGGAAUCGACUUAAUGCUUGGAAUGCUGACGUUGAAUCCUGACCACAGAUUAACUGUGGAUGAAUGCUUGGAGCAUCCUUAUUUCACUACAGAGCCAUUACCUUGACAAAAAUCUGAAUUACCAAAGAUUGAAGGAGAUGCUCAUGAGCAUGGAGUCAGAGUAGAAUGGAAGGAAAAGCUCUUGGCUGAGAAACAGAAUCAACAAUUUAGCUCUAGCAGAAACUAUAGAGACAGAGAUAACAAUAGAGAUUAUAGAAGAGAUGACAGAAGGGAUGAUAGAAGAGACUACCGUGAUCGCAGAGAUGACCAUAGAAAUUCAAGAGGGCACCACAGAGACAACAGGUCUCAUAAACACCAUUAUUCUGGUCACAAAAGGUCUUAUCAUGACAGAGAGAGGAGAUAAGCAC